UUCCCCACGCUACUAUAUUAUUCACAUAGGUCCAUGUGAUGCUGGUUAUCUAUGCAACUUGGGCAGUUACACCCCAACACCUAUUGACGAUGGUAGUCUGCCUUAUAAUGGUCGUUGCCCAGUGGGCCAAUACUGCCUCAGUGGUGCCACGGAUGGCACAGAUUGCCCGAGGGGCACGAUGCGCAACACGACGGGUGCUGCUGCAGAAGAUGAAUGUUUUCCAUGCAAUCCUGGUUUCUACUGUUUAAAUGCUGGCCAAUCUGCCCCAACCAAGCCAUGUGAAAAAGGUUACUAUUGCCCUGGUAAUGCGUCUAAUACAUCACCCACACAGUAUGAUUGCCCAGUGGGCCAUAUGUGCCCUGAACAAUCUGCGGCACCUAUACCUUGCCAAACAGGUACCUACCAGCCAUCAGUUAGGGGUUCCACGUGUGAAUUAUGCCCACCAGGUUUUUACUGUGAAGAUGUUUUAACCGGUGGCCAGCAACCCUGCCCUGCAUUUUCAUACUGCCCAGCUGGCACCCCGUACCCACUUACAUGCCCAAAUGGAACCUACACACUUUCCACUGACCAGGGAUUUGCACGGCCAACUGAAUGUCAUCAAUGUCCAGUUGGAAAGUUCUGCACUGGUGGACAAAUACAAGGCAACUGCUCCGCUGGUUACUUCUGUGAGUCUGGUUCCUUUUCACCAACUGGUAGCAUCUUACUUGACCCCUGCCCGUCAUUACAACCGUGUGCAGGUCCAUGCCCUGCAGGUUCUUAUUGCAGAAUUGGGGAAACUGACCCAGUUCCCUGCCCUGAAAACACAAUUAGAACAACACCAGGUGCUAGCCAGCUCUCUGACUGCAUAUUCUGCCCUGCUGGUCUGUUGUGUCAUGAAGGUAACCCAGUGGCUGACAACUGCCCUGUAGGUCACUACUGUCUUGGAUUGAAUUUCAGUGACUGCAACAGUGGUGCGGGUCCACAGCCAUGCCCGCUGUACACCUUUGCUAAUGAGACAGGAGGAAGCAAAAUAGACGACUGCCUACCAUGUCCACCAGGUUUCUGGUGCAAUGAAACUGGUCUUUCUGAUUAUUCAGCUUCAGCGUGUGAACUUGGCUUCUACUGUACUGGUGGGGGACAACCACCUACAAAAUGUCCAGCUGGUACCAUGCGUAAUCAAACUGGUGGAACUUCAGUAGGAGAUUGUGGUUCAUGCACUCCAGGUUAUUACUGCCCUGACCCUACAACAACUGAUGUUACAAAUAUCAAUGGUAUACCUUGUGAUAUGGGAUUUCAAUGUCCUGGUGGUUCUACAAGCCAGAAGCCAUGUGAUAGCGGUUACUAUUGCUUGGAAAAGACCAGCAUACCAAAUAUUUGUCCAGCAGGAUAUUUUUGCCCCGAGGGUUCGUACAAUUUUACCGAGUGUUCUUACCCCUUCUACUGCCCCGAGGGGACGGGAAACCCCCGUCCAUGUGAUAUUGGGUACCAACCCCUAAACAUAUCAAGUCUACGUAGCAACCUAACAACAGCUUGUAUGAUAUGUCCAGCUGGUUCGUACAGAAAUUCUUCAAAUGACGAUAAGUGCCAACCGUGCCCACCUGGGUAUUUCUGCCCAGAAGGAACUGGCAACUACCAAGAAAACCCAUGUCCAGUAGGUCACUACUGCCCCGAGGGUGGGGUAACCUCUGUAGGCGGGGUAACGGGUCAAGCCAUCCCGUGUCCAGCGGGGACAUAUGCCGACGCCCCGGGCUCAGUGGCAGAAGCGUGCAUUUCGUGCUUGGCGGGAAUGUACAAUAACUUAGAAGGCCAGCCUGCUUGCUUCCCAUGUGGUAGCUCCGCUGUUUCUGGUGUUGGAGCAACAGAAUGUACAUGUUUAGGUUUCAACAGAGCUUUCCAACCCAGUGAUGGAUCAUGUAUUUGCCAGUCAGGUUACAUCUAUUAUAAUGAAGCUGACUUGCUUGAAUUCCAAGGCAACUCUGAAUUUUCUUGCGAGGCUGUAGUAGACACUCGUUGUGGUAGCGGGGAAACCAGGGUAGCUAGCGACCGUUCAUGCACGACUGCCACCACAUAUUCAUGUGAUGGUUAUUGUGGCAACCGUGGGGGUUCAAUGAAUGUAGAUCUUGGAACUUGUUUGUGUGACAGCGUGACCGCUACUCAAGAAAUUGAUUGUUAUGACUGUAAUACUCUUUCCACAAGUUUAGACUCGAACGGAGUUCUAACAAUAACGACCACAGAGUCCAGCACAGGUGCCACGACACCCGUCACCGUUCCCGAUGUAAUCGGACCAACGGAUAAAAUUUCUUCACCUGCUGAUACUUACUUUGUGCAGAUGAAUCCCAAUGGAGUUUUUGGUACAGUACCAAACGAAAUGAGCACGGCCGAGAACGUUGUUAAUGGGAGUAUGCAGGAGGAGAUAAAUGCUCUCUUCCCUGCCGUUACUGCUAGAAAAAGAAGAUCACUUUUUGUGGAAGACGAUCUUCUCGAAUCUGUUUCAAGCUACUUUGGAAGAAGACUUUUACAAACCACAAGCAAUGCAACAGCACCCCCUGUAACUGUAACCCUCCCUGCCACAACACUACCUGUUAUUUCCAACCCUGUUAUUUGCUUGCAAUUAAAUGAGAUGCUGAUAUUCAGUGUAUAUGUUCACCCUACUGAUAGAACACUAAGCAAUUACCCAGUAUAUGUGAGGAACCAUCUGUUUAAUACAAACCCCACAUUUGACUAUGGUGCAUUCAGGUUACUGCAGACUUACAUCACACAAACUAACUUAACGGUGUCCAACUUUGCCCAGUUGUUUGUAACACCUGGUAUUUAUGUGUUCGCUGACGCUCAACAACCUUCGCAGGAAGUCUUUGUAAAUGUGCUACAGACUGGUUUACAAUGCGUUACACCCCGGAUUCAACCGGCUACAACCAGUUCCUUGUCACAACUCGGCAUUGCAAAGCAGUCUGUUACAAACUUAGCACCAGACUGGGUGCUUAUCGCAGUCAUUCUCGCACUUUUCGGAGCUAUCGUUCUUCUACUGCUCAUUGCUGUCUUCGUGUGGCGGCCCCGAGAUGCCGGGAUUUACCCAAUGCGGUACUGGAAGCCGCGGUAUCGUGCCUUGGGUGAACCUUACGUGGCACCUGAGAAAUCUGUGGUUUUUGGUGCCGUAGACGCAAGGGAAGGGCUUGAUUUUGUUCGAGAGAGAGGAGAGGCUGAAGGAGCUGAAGCUUCUCUUGUUAAAGACCGGCAGCUGCUGGAGGACUUUAAUGUCCGUACUUUGUACGACAAACUAGAAGAUCAGAACCUCCACAUAGCAGCUCAGAUGCAUAAGCAUAGGGAUUGUUUGGAAGGCUUCUAUAAGAGGAUUAGCAAACAAACUGAAGGUCUUAAGGACAUGUUGAAUGAUUUUGAUCCCAAACAUCCAUCAGGCAUGAGGAGAGGAAGUGAUGAUAGUUCAGAUCUUACUGUGGUUAAUACAACUGUUGUUAUGGAUGGUAUGCAAGGAAGGGGACCUGCUCAAAAAGAUCAGGAGUUGCUAAAUAUGUUGGAAGACUUGCUUAAGAAGUUGAACAGUGGAAAAAUCACGUUAUCAGAUGAGAUGAUAAGUGAUGCAAGAAGGAGGAUGCAAGGCCUUGAUAAGGCAUCAGAUGAUUGGAGAGCAGGAGCUGAUGCGGAUUUGAUCCGAUCCCAGCAGGAGGACUCCAUUAACCUGGAGCGAGAUCUGAUCUCAAAUGAGAGAGACGACCUCACGAAAAUGAUCAUCAAACAUGAGAAGAGAAGACAAGAUGCAUUGGAAGAAAUGAAUAAAAAUCUCGCGAAUAAAUUACAAGGAGAAUUAUCCGAAAAAGAGAUCAACUCGUUGCUGGCUGACCAUGAGAGGGAGCUAGAGAAAGCUCUCGGAGUUUUGAACAAAGAGAAGCUUCGUCAAAUGAAUGAUCUUAAAGAUCAGCUCGCUGCAAAGAGAAGAGAGAAAGGAAGAAGACUUAAUGAUCUUCACUCCGAGCAAAGGAGAGAAGGGGGACUUCCAGAUGCUGGAGCACUUGGUGAAGAAGACCUUUCACUCCUCGAGAAGAAAUUGGAAGCAGCCAUGUUGGAUGAGAGGAAGAAUGCAUCACAGGAGGAGAGGGAUCAAUCAUCUGCAUCAGCUGAAGAGGACAAAGUGAAGAUGUCGAAGACCAUUGAUGACGAACUCGACUCGAUGGUAGCGAGUGGUCUAAUCACAGAUGACGUUCGUGAACAACUGAAGCAGAAGAUUAUCAACCAGGAGCGGGAUCUUAAUGAGAGGAUGGAGCAGAAGAGAGAGAUGCAGAUAAAGUCAAUGAGAGAUAGAAUGGCAGAACGUAAAAAAAAGAGAAUGAAAAUGCUGCAAGAGAAACAUGAAAGAGAGAAAGUUGAACUGGGAGACGAUGUUCCAGAUUUAGAGGAACGACAUGCAGCAGAGCGUGACGCGUUGGAAGCCGAACUCGAUGCUGAGGAAUAUUCAGUGGAGCGUGAAAUAAACGAAACCAUUCAAGUGGAACAUAAGGAAUUGUUGUCGCAAAUUCAUAAAUCCGCGAUCACAGAGCUGGCAACACAGGAGAACAUGGACGCUGACAAACACCAAGAACUGCUUGAUAAAUAUCAACGUGGACUUGAUAAUUACGAACAUCUAAAUCAAGCUAAACAUUUAAAACAUGCACAGGAUCUUAAGGCAAGAUUAGCGGCAAGAAGAACUCGCAGAGCAGCUGAAAUCCAGCGCUCCGAGGAGGAAAAACUGCUCUUAAAGAAGAGAGAAGAGGAGGAGAGGAUGAUUCGAGAGAUGGAGGAGAAGAGGAGAGAGGAGGAGAAGAGGAAAGAGGAAGACGGAGGAAUUAUGAUUCCUCAUAUUAACAUCACUGAGGGUCAUGAAGUCCAGGCACUCGCCCGUGAGCAAGAGCGCCAACAAGCGGAAAACGAGACGGAAAAACUCGCUGAGGUAGAACGACUCAACCAUGACCUGGAGAAGAAAGAGCAAAAAGAGGAGAAAUCGCUGGAGCGUAAACUCCAAGAGGAGGAGGAUAAGAUAAAGAGUGAGAUGAAAGAUAAACAUGAUGCAGAGAUAAGAGCAAGGACUGAUCUCACUGAUGAACAAAUGCAGCAGCUAAUGGCGGCCCAUCAGCAAGAAUUAGAUGAACUAGAUCGUGGGUUGGAAAAACAACAGAAUAAACAACGAGCGGCAUUAAGAGACAGACUGGCUGCACGCAGAGCAAAGAAAACUUCAUUGUUACGUAAUAAACAGGAGACAGAUGCAAAGAAAGAGGAAAUUGAACAAAGAAAGGAAAUGUCGCAAGUGAAAGCAAAAUCUGCAAAAGAGGCGGAAAAAGCAGCGAUUAUUGAAGGAAUUCAACAAAACGGAGCAGAAUCGAGUCAUAAAGUUAUUCAGAGGGUGCUUGAACAAAGACAAAACCAGGAAAUGAAAGAUUUGGAGGCAGAGUUUGCUCUGAAGAAGAAGAUCAUAUUAGAUGAAUGUCUUCAAGAUAUCAGGGAUCAGUUCAGGAAGAAGAUGGACGCUAUGUUAAACCGACACGAGUCUGAACUUGAACAACUUGAAAACGAAGGACUUUCCCCUGAUUUGUUGGAGGCUAGAAGAGAAGAGUUGUUUGGUCGACAAAAAGAUGAGAUAAGAUCUCUUGAGCAAAAUCAUAAGAAAGAAUGCAAAGAGAUUGAAGAGCAUGCUACAGCUGGCUGGAACCUUGACUUUGCUAAAGCUAAAUAUGAACUGAAAGAAAAGCAUUACCAGGAAUAUGCACAAACGGUGCGCGAGCUUGCACCAAGUGUUGCACAAUCUGCACAACAAGCUGAACAAUCUGCUCAGAGACUUGAAUCUACCAAACAAAGACUUGAACAAGAACGGGCAGAAGCAGAGAAGAAAUUUGCUCAAGAGCGUUUAGAGCUUGAAGAGGAAGGGAAGAGGAGAAUUGCGAUGGAAAUGGAAGAUUUUGAGAAACAACUUGCUGAGGAAACUAAAGCUGAAAAAUUGAAAGCUGAGAAAACGCUGCAGACGCUUGAAAAGAGAAAGGAAAAAAUGCUCAAGGAUAAAAGAGAGAAGAUGAAAGAGGAAAUUGAUCGAGCAGCUGCAGCUGGAGCAAGUGAGGAGGAACAAAGAAAGAUUCUGGAACAGCACGAACGAGAUGUUGAGAAGUUUACGAACAAAAUGGAUCGUGAAAGACUUCGAAUGCAAAGUCAACUGGAGGAGAGACUCAAGAAGAGAAGGAAAGAAAAAAUGCAGGCAAAGAAAGGAGACAUUGAACAACAACAAGAAACUACAAGGAAAGAAAUGGACGAUAAACAAAAGGCUGAACUUCAACAAGUACAAGAAAAACAGAUACAAGCCAUGCAAGAAACAAGCAAACUUAUUGAACAAGAUUCUGCUAAGCUUAUACAAGACCAACCAGUGCUUCCAGAUGUACAGACUGUGCAGCAUGUGCAAGCGGAUAUGAGGAGCUCAGUUAUUCCCACAGUGAUUGGCGUACCUAUGCAUUCCGCACCUGCACAGAUGCCUGGAAUGAGUGAAAAACAGCUACACGUCAUGUUACAAUCAUCACCACUUUAUAAAACUCUGCAAGAAAUACAAGUCGUAUUAUUAAGUGAACAAGGAAUUGGAGUGCGGCCCACUUCGAAAUCUGCUUUUAUGGGACCAGACACAGCAAGCACAGACACGGAACUCAUCCCAACGAAACUAUCUGACUUAUCUGUCCACGAACUCGUGUCAUACAAAUUUGGCACGUUUGUCCUCGGCUUACUACGUAUGCAUCGUACAUCCCACCCUCCUAUUAACUUACUGGUGGCGGAAAAAGUUCCAGCACAGCCAGAGUUGACGGGAAAUGCAUUUAGAGGAUCUUUCAGUUUUGAUCAAGGCAACGGUAUCUUAUACAUCAAGCGUUCGUGGUUGGUUGGAGAAUCUGUAGGACGUUUAUCAUUGCUGCUUGUACAUUGCAUGGCACAUUUGACUAUUAAGGAUUUCAGUGAUGAUUUGGCUGCGGGAUUCUUACAAGAGUUCUACCAGUGCCUUGCAGUGCUCAGUGAUGACCUGUUUUUCGCAAGGUGCAAGGAUGAGGCUGGGAAGAGUGGUGCUGAUACAAAGUCACCAAGCCACCUUAACCCAACCCAUGAUCUGCUAUUCGCUAAAUUGCCUACCGAUGUCAGCUCAGACCGCUCCUUCCACCAGGGUGCGAUGGAGAGUCGGCUGUCGAAGUAUAGUCACGCCUCAAUGAGCACAGCUGUUCGAGACGACCUCGGUAGUGUAGAGAGUAAAAUGAAAAAGGCAUCCCAAUCUUUGCAUGGAUUUGACCAGAAAUUGAAGGAAUUCGCACCAGAUGCUCAAGACAGACCAAAAACCACCACACCAACACCAAAUGUUGACCAAGACGAUCUUAACAAGGAGUUUUUAUCGUUGACCAAAGAAGCAAGUGACUUACAUGAGGAGUUGUCACAUGGUGGGCAAAAGGAGGGUGUAGGAGUUCGGAACCGGCUUACAAAUGUCACAAUACGGUUGUCAGAAGUGCAAAAAAGGUUGCGGUCGCCUCAACAGUAAAGCACACAGAAGUUUAAGCACAAACAAUGUACAUAGUGCGCAGUAAUAUAAGUGCAAUUCCAAUGUAUUGGCUGCAUUGAAAGAUUGCAGUAAAGUUAAAAACAGAAAGCAGCAACAUUUUAGUUACAUUUUGAUAUAAUUUAUAAAUUGUACAUAAUUUCAUAUAUUAUUUUGUAUUUUUUCAAAUUACGUCAAAUUUAUAUUUAUCUAUUUUUGUAUAUUUUUCAAUUAGUCGUCUGUGAUUUUGUAGCAGUUGUUUUGUACGCGCAAAUGAGCACUGUCCAGCACCCACGCACAUCUCCUGCACUUCUCACUGUUACCGCGUCGAUAGCAGAACGCGUAGUUUUACUUAGCAAAUAAAAUUGUGAAAUUAGUUUGAAAA